AUGCAGAACGAGUGGUUAGACAUAGGAGAUUUUUGCAUCCCAUUAGCAUUAAAAUGGCGCACUUUAAUUUAUGAUUGGUCGCCAGCAUUGCUAAAAUUCUAUCUCAAUGCGUUCCAGAUGACUCUCCCAGAUCAGAGUAAUUUAGUAAGAUGGGGUAAAAGUACCGAAAAAACUUGCUAUAUCUGUGGAAAGGCAGUUGGAACUGCUGAGCAUCUGCUGGUGGGAUGUAAGGUACUCCUUGACAGCGGUCAAUACUCGCGUCGUCACGAUAGGGUUCUAGAAGUCAUACGUGAAGCGGUUAGUCUUUCGGUAGCCAGAGCGCAAAAGGGAAUAACCACAAACGAACGAUCAGUAGGUUUUGUGAGAGAAGGCUCUAGGGCUACAAAAUCAAACGUCAAGCCUUACUCCAUCCUUAAAGCGGCGUCGGAUUGGACUAUAAUGAUGGACACGUAUGAAAAACAAUAUAAAAUCUCCGAGGAUAUUUGUGCGUCGGCCUCCAGACCGGAUAUAUUUUUGUUUUCGCGAAUUUUAAAGCGCGUAGUGAUGAUAGAGCUUACGGUCCCUUGGGAAACCAACAUCCCCAAAGACCAUACCAUCAAGGUCAACAAAUAUUACGAGCUCACAAACGAACUCACUCCAAAUAGGUUCGUAGUAGAUUUGUACGCGGUAGAGGUGGGAGCGAGAGGUAUAACAGCGAAAUCUCUCUACAACCUACUAAAGGGCUUGGGCUUGUCCAGAACUCACAUUAAUGCAUUCUUGGAUCGUAUAUCGAAGGCAGCCCUAGUAGGUUCUUUUCAAAUUUGGUUAGGUAGGGAGAGGAGCUUGGACAGUGGAGGUGAGCGUAUAACGCGCGAGAAGUAA